GCCCCUGCUUUGCUUCACACGCUCCUUAUGAUCUUCAAAGGUCCAGCUCCACGAAAGGAGCCGCUGGCUUUGGUUGUCUUCUCCCAAAUCACCUUCUGUUGUUUUGUUUCGUAGCACACGAGAGCCGUCCCCCAACCGAUCGAUCGCUUCCGCUUCAACAAUCGACUCUGCCCAGCUGUUCGACGUCUCUCUCCUCACGAGCAUUGCAUAUCUAUACAACGCACUGUCUCUUCUAAAAUGUCUGAAACGCCGCAACCAAUUGCCGAGGGCAACCAGCCCAAGGCUGUAAAAGACAAAAACUGCGAAUACUGUGGCCAGGCCUUCACCUCGUCAUCCCUCGGUCGACAUCUUGACCUCUAUAUCAAGGAAAAGAACCCAAAGCCCCCGGAUGGCAUCCACGAUGUGGACGCUAUCCGGAAGCUCCGUGGCAACAUCACUCGGCGCCAGCCUCGAGGUUCUUUGGGUGCUCGAAGAGACAAUUCGACCCCUGGCAGCACGCCCAAGCCAACAACCGGGAAGACGGCACCCGGACAAGACUCAGAUAGCUUCAAAGCUGAUUCAGCUGCUAACAAAUAUCCUUUUGCUGCUUCUUGGGAAGCUACUGGCGUAAUAAAGGACAUGUCAGGCAAAAACGCUUGGGAUGCCAGCGUUCCUCAAGACGCUAACAAGCGCUCUGGCCUGUCGAGAAAUGUUAGCAAACAGAUGGCACAGAAGGCUCAGUUCGAUAUCAAACAGAAGUUGACAGACGCAAUGGAUACUGCCAAAGCUGCCGAGUUGGCACUGAGAGAACUGGUGAGCUCAUGGCGGGCUGCAAAACAACAGACUGAUGGCAACUCAACGCCUUUUGAUUUCGAUCCCCUUGCCCUGGACUUCCCAUCUCUUGCCAUUUAUUGUCUCCUGCCGCCUCCGACUCUGUUCUCUUCAACCCAACACCCCACAUCAACAUCCUGGUCUCUUUCGACGCCAGGUAAGCGUGAAUAUGUUGCACUUCAGACCUUUUUCCAAGAGGAAUUCAAGACUUGGAAGGCUACUCAUGUUUCUGCUACGACCGCCGUAAUAGGGGAGAUGGUAUACCCUGUGGGUGUACCAUUUAGAGAUCCAGGGGGAACUAUAAGGCUCAUAUCGGACAAAAUAGAGUUGCUUGAAACUCAUGUCAAUGAACAUCUGCAGUCUGCGUUUGCAGUCUGGGAUUCUUUGCCUGUUCAACGGAAAAGCGAGCUUUGGCAUCUGGAGCUGGCACGAGGAGUGGGCCGAAUGCAUAAACAAAUUGAUAAGAUGAAAGACGAGCAACAUAACCUGAAACAAGAGAACGCAAACCUGAAAUCGCACAUCGACCAGCUGAACCGGCUGCAACAGCCGAGAGAGUACAAGAUGCUCUCACCAUCCACCAUUCCCGUGGAUCGAGAUGUCAUCGCGUAUCAUGAGCAGAGUGUUAUAGGGAGUAGGCUUGUUGGCUAUGAGCCAGAGGAUCGGCAUCUGGACUUGAACACCGUUGUAGCCAAGUCAAUAGAAAGAUGGAAGAGUGUCAUCGCAUCAACCCGCGAGGCAGCUAGCGGCAUGCCUGCCCAGCGGCCUCUAGAGCAGGCCGCGGCUCAGACCCCUGCCGCAAACAGCCAAAGUAGUCCAUCGGAGCCUCAGAGUGCCGUUCAAACACCACAAUUGACUCAGCCGCAACCAGUGCAGCUUGACAAGAGGCUGUCAAACGCAAGCUCAAACGAACCGGCGAGCGAACAGAGUGCAUCCUCAGCGACCAAUACGGGCCCGCCAUCAGUCGAAGAAACGAGCGACCAGGAUGCCGAUGCUGAGAUGGAGGAUGACGAUAGCUUUGCUAUGGUUCAAUCUCCUGUCAAGACCGCGCACUCGCCCAUACAGCAGCAAGCACAACUUGACGCUUCUCGAGCCCAAGCUCCCAUGGCCCAGCAGCAACAGCAACAGCAGCAGCCACAGCCACAGCCACAACAGCAGAUCCAACAAGCCCCGCAGCAAGUCCAACAACAGGCUCAGCAACAAGCCCAACAGCAGGUUCAACAACAGGUCCAGCAGCAGGUUCAGCAACAGGUUCAACAGCAGGUUCAGCAGCAAGUUCAGCAGCAGGUUCAGCAGCAGGUUCAGCAGCAGGUUCAACAAGCCCAGCAACAGCAGCAGCAAGCCCAGCAACGCAAUGCGACAGCGGAUAUGCGUUUCAUGAUGCAAAAUGGGGCCGGUAGUCCUGCAAGCAGAGCUGCCAUGGCAACCAUGAACCGUGCUAUGCCGAACAUGAAUAUGGCAACAAUGCAAGCUAAUGCAAUGCACGGCGCAGAUAUGAGCAUAGCGAUGCAAGGCGUCCGCGGCGAUAUGUAUUUGGAAUAACAAUGUCGACGAGAAAGAGACAUCGGAAGAGGGCGUAUUUCGGAUGGUUAAUAGAAGGGUCUUUCUUUUUUUCACGGCUAUACAUCAGUCGUCAUCUUAACAGCAUUCAUUCUCAGCGGAGUUUAUUCAUCGAAAAAAUCUUUUUCUUUUCGUCAACGCGGCAUAAAAAAUCUCACGAUUCUUCAGCAAAAUAGGAGUAUUCGGCAUUUGCGCGCCUUGAUGUUGUGUUAAUAUACGAAUCGCAACACAGGCAGGAUAGAAGGAUAUAUAGACCGGGGAGGGGAAAGGAAGGAUAGGAGAACUAGGAGGAUUUUCCAAAUUUCUCUCUCUUUCUCUCUUUUUCUAUUACAUUGUUUUGCUUUAUUAGUACAAUGGGAUUGGGUUGAGUACAAGAAAGAGAUGGUAGACAUUUGUGGAACUAUUGCCAUGUACUGCUUACUAGAAAUUGAGAAUUAAGAAUAGGAGUUAAUAGGUGAAUUUAUACAUUGAAUUUUCUUAGAGAAUACUACCGCUCUGCUAUAUAUAUAAUAUCUAGGUGAUUUGAGUUGAGUUUCUUUUACAUGAAAAUUUUAUUUCUCCGCCGGUGUCCAGGCAAUUUUCCUUCCGCUAAGCUUAAUACAUUGUCUAUUUAUACAAGGGAACAGAGAUUCCAGUUCAUAGCUUAAUCUGCUUCAGUCUCUUUUCAAUCAAGCGCACAGUUGACUUGGGAACAUGCAUUCGGUGUGAUAGAACUAAAGCACCUGUGAGAACAGCAAGGGCGCCAGCCUGGUGGGUGGCAGCGAGGUGAGUAGGGACCAUGUAGAUGAGCGUGGAAAUUCCAAGAAGCGCCUGCAUGGUGACCAGAUGAACAAGUCCAGUGGUGCCCUUCUUUGCGUUCCUGGGGAGAACGGCAGAGAUCUUUCCGGUGCGAGAAUAAGCCCAAAGGGUCAAGAUGGUACAGAAGGUUGUGAUGGCCAAGAUUCGGUGAUCGAGCUGGACGAGACUGGGGUUUUCAAGCAUGUUGCGCCACCAGAGGUCGGAGCGAUCCUCCUUGCGAGAGUAGAAUUUGUCGAACAGCUCGGACUUGGGAGGAGCGUAGCCAAGACCCAUCUUGGGGAACUCGUUGUAGAUGAGACCGGCAUCGAGACCGGCGACCAAGGCGCCGGACAUGGCAGUGAGGAAAACGAGACCGGUGAUGCCAAAGACUGAGCGUCUGAGAGUGUUGAGGACGGGGUUCUGAAUGGCCUUGAUGGCAGUAGCGGCGGCGGCGGGGUCGGCGAGCAUGCGGCGGGUGCGGAGGAUGGUGAUACCAGACACGAGCAUCCAGGAGUAGCAGAUGAAGGCAGUGGCCAAAUGAGCAGUCAAUCGGUACUGGGAGACACGAGGAUGCGAGCCGGGAGCAAAGAGAUCAUCCUUGAGGCCCGACUUGACCAUCCACCAGCCAAUGAAGCCCUGGACGCCGAUCAGACUGGAAAUACCGAGCAGGUUGAGCGCCAUCUUGGGAGAGACUUUGCGGCGGGCGACGAAGUACAGCGAAGGCAGAACGAAGGAGAGGCCGAUGAAGCGACCCCACAGUCGGUGCGUCCACUCCAUGUAGUAGAUCUUUUUGAAUUCGUCCAGGGUCAUGUGAGGGUUGAGGAUCUUGAAUUCCGGAGAGGCACGAUACUUUUCAAACUCGGAUUCCCAAUCGGUAGUUGACAUGGGGGGCAAUGAGCCCGUCACAGGUUUCCAUUCCGUUAUGCUUAGCCAGACUCAGUUAGUCUUGUAAGUCCGCCAAAGACGACGAU